ACCACCCCGAGACGUUGGGGUGAGCUCACACCCAUUAUACAGGUGGAGAACAGAAGUGCCAGAAGUCCAGCGGCUGGCUCCAGGCCAGGAGCUUGGCAGAAAACAAGGCCAGCAUCCUACUCCUUCCACUCCCACUUCACACAACAGAAAACGGAGACUUGCCCAAACUCAGCGAGUAAGAGUAAGGCAGAACCGAAUUCAACCAGGUUUCUCUGAUCCUUAUCCAUUCAUUCAUCCAAAAAUACAGAGCACCUGCUUUGUGCCAGGCAUUGAAUCAGUGCUGGGGAAUACAGUGGUGUCAGCAAGAUAGCCAAGCUCUCUGCUUAACAUGCAUAAUCAAACAGAAUGGUAGCAGAGAGUGGUUCAUAGAAGCUGAGCCCCUGACCCAUGGUCACACAGGAGGGGGUGGCUGUCAGUGGCCAAGAUGGAAUUGAAGGUUUCCUGAUUCAAGUUCACUGCUGUUUUUUUUCUUCCAGUCCCUGCUUCUAAGGCAGGUUUACUCUCUGAGAUGUUAAAGACGGCUGCCAGCUGCCCCAUGCUCACUUCUUACCAAUGAGGCAACUUCUAUGGAAGGAGAAAGCCUCCACCUUGAAGAUUGCAGCAAAACUCCUGGGGCUGCCUCUGACUGGUUUGAUCUGGGUCAGGUGUUCACUUUGAACCAACCACUGAGGACAGAGAGACACAGUGUUCUGAUUGGCCAGGUAUGGAUCACAUUCCCGCUCCCGCCUCAGCUGAGGGAUGGGAUUCCACCCUGGAAAGCCCCCAGGGAGCAUAAACACAGAGUGGAUGAGCACACAGUGGUUCUCACUGUCACUGGGGAGCCCUGCUACUUUCCUUUCCGGUACAACCGGCAACUGUACCACAAAUGCAUCCACAGGGGCCGGCCUGGCCCACGGCCCUGGUGUCCUACCACCCCCAACUUCGAGCAGGACCAGCAAUGGGCAUACUGCCUGGAGCCCAAGAAAGUGAAAGACCACUGCAGCAAACACAGCCCCUGCCAGAACGGAGGGACCUGUGUGAACAUGCUACACGGCCCACACUGCAUCUGUCCAGAACACUUCACUGGGAAGCACUGCCAGAGAGAGAAGUGCUUUGAGCCUCAGCUUCUCCAGUUCUUCCACGAGAAAGAAAUAUGGCAUAGGCUUGAACCGGCAGGUGUGGCCAAGUGUCAGUGCCAGGGUCCUGAUGCUCACUGCAAGCUGCUGGCCACCCAGGUCUGCCGCACGAACCCGUGCCUCAAUGGGGGCAGCUGCUUAGAGGCGGAGGGCCACCUCCUGUGCCGUUGCCGGGCCGGCUACGCUGGACGCAUCUGCGACGUGGACACUGAGGCGCGCUGCUACGACGGCCGCGGGCUUGACUACCGCGGUAGAGCCCAGACAGCGCUCUCCGGCGCCCGGUGUCAACCGUGGGCCUCAGAGGCCACCUAUCAGAAAGUGACUGCAGAGCAAGCGCUUAACUGGGGACUAGGCAACCAUGCCUUCUGCCGGUGCAAUGGGAACCCGGACAAUGACACCCGCCCGUGGUGCUUCGUGUGGAGUGGCGACCGGCUGAGCUGGGAAUAUUGCCGCCUGGCACGCUGCCAGGCCCCAAACGGGGCGGCUCCUCAGAGCCUGUCUCCAACCCGGGUCCCCACUGGGCGCCCGGGCCUUCCCUUGCCCUCGCUUUCAGCAUUGCAGAAGCCUCAGCCCCCGACCCCAGCCUCGGGCGCCACCCCGGAGCAGCCCACUCCUGUGCCCAGUUCGGGCUGCGGACAGCGGCUCCGGAAACGGUUGUCCUCGAUGAGCCGCGUCGUCGGGGGACUGGUGGCCCUGCCCGGGGCGCACCCCUACAUCGCCGCGCUGUACUGGCGCCACAAUUUCUGCGCGGGCAGCCUCAUCGCCUCCUGCUGGGUGCUGACGGCCGCUCACUGCCUGCAGAACCGGCCAGCGCCGGAGGAGCUGACGGUGGUGCUCGGUCAGGACCGCCAUAACCAGAGCUGUGAGCAGUGCCAGACGCUGGCCGUGCGCGCGUACCACCUGCACGAGGCCUUCUCGCCCCUCACCUACCAGCACGACGUGGCGCUCCUGCGCCUGCAGGAGACAGCGGACGGCCACUGCGCGCUCCCGUCGCCUUUCGUUCAGCCGGUGUGCAUGCCCAUGCCGAACGGCCCUGCCCGCCCAGCCGAGCCCGAGGCCGCGCUCUGCGAGGUGGCCGGCUGGGGCCACCAGUUCGAGGGGGCUGGGGAAUAUUCCAGCUUCCUGCAGGAAGCGCAAGUGCCGCUCAUCUCUUCCGAGCGCUGCUCCGCCCCCGACGUGCACGGAACCUCUUUUACCCCCGGCAUGCUCUGCGCUGGCUUCCUCGAGGGCGGCACUGACGCCUGCCAGGGUGACUCCGGGGGCCCGCUAGUGUGUGAGGACGAGGCCGCAGAGAGCCAACUCAUCCUGCGAGGUAUCAUCAGCUGGGGUUCGGGUUGCGGCGACCGCUACAAGCCAGGUGUGUACACCGACGUGGCCAGCUACCUGACCUGGAUCCAGGAGCACGCCAGUUCCUGA